GGGACAUACUCUAGCUAUUAAUACUAACAAAACUUGCUAUUUAUGUUCAUCAAUGCUAGUUUGGCUUAACUUUACUUUUCUAUUUCAGGUUCAAGGGUCCAAAAGAGACUUAAAAACCAAAACUCAUUGGUUUUUUCAAAGGUUUGCACUUGAGGAUGAGUUAACUAUGCUUGUUGCUGAAGAUUCUUUGUUGUUGUUGUUGUUGUUAGUUUUCUGAUCAUGUUUGAUGGAGCUUUGAAUUCCAAAGCUCUAAUGGAAAAGAACACAUAUGGAGCACAUUUAGUGGUGUUAUGUUUCUUCGGGAUGCUUCUAAUGCGUUCUUCUUGUCAAAAUGAUGCAACUACUGAUGUGUACAUUGUUACUCUCAGACAAGCCCCUACUUCUCACUAUCAGAAUGAGUUGGCCACAGAUUAUAACAACUUCAGACACGGUACUUUUAGGAGGAACGCAUUUCACAACCCGAGACAUCAAAAUUUUACGAAGACAUAUAAGAGACGUGGUUCUAACAUUGCGCAAGUUCAUGAUUCGUUGUUGAAGAAGGUGUUUAAAGGGGAGAAGUAUCUGAAACUCUAUAGCUAUCAUUACUUGAUAAAUGGAUUUUCUGUGCUUGUUACUCAACAGCAGGCAGAGAAGCUAUCAAGGAGAAGAGAAGUGUCCAAUGUGGUUUCAGAUUUUUCUGUAAGAACUGCAACCACACACACCCCGGAGUUUUUGGGUCUGCCACAGGGAGCUUGGUUUCAAUCAGGUGGAUUUGAAACUGCCGGAGAAGGAACCACUAUUGCAUUUGUUGACACUGGCAUUGAUCCUACACAUCCAAGUUUCUCUGAUGAUAAAUCUGAACAUCCAUUUCAUCCUCCUCCUCGUUUUUCUGGCACCUGUGAGGUUACUCCAGAUUUUCCAUCUGGUUCUUGCAAUAGGAAGCUUGUUGGGGCCCGUCAUUUUGCAGCAUCUGCUAUAAUCAGAGAAAUGCUUGAUCCAACUGAGGACUAUGCUUCUCCCUUCGAUGCUGAUGGCCAUGGCACGAACACAGCUUCUAUUGCAGCUGGAAACCAUGGAAUCCCAGUGGUUGUUAAUGGCUAUCAUUUUGGAAAUGCUAGUGGGAUGGCUCCUCGUUCCCAUAUUGCUGUUUACAAGGCACUAUACAAGGGAUUUGGAGGAUUUGCUGCAGAUGUUGUUGCAGCUAUUGAUCAGGCAGCUCAAGAUAGAGUUGAUAUAAUAUGCUUGUCAAUCACUCCUAACAGGCGUCCUCCUGGUAUUGCAACUUUCUUCAAUCCAAUAGACAUGGCAUUGCUGUCAGCUAUAAAGGCUGGUAUUUUUGUUGUGCAAGCUGCUGGAAAUACUGGUCCUUCAGCUAUGAGCAUGUCCUCCUUUAGUCCUUGGAUCUUUACUAUUGGUGCCACCUCUCAUGAUCGAGUUUAUAGCAACUCGCUAUCUCUUGGAAAUAAUGUGACAAUACUCGGAGUUGGACUUGCACCUGGCACAUCUGAGAACACAAUGUACACAUUGAUUCAUGCACAUCAUGCUUUGAACGAUGACAUAACAAUUUCUGAUGAUAUGUAUGUUGGCGAAUGUCAAGAUUCUAGUAAGUUCAAUAAAGAUUUGGUCCAAGGAAACCUCUUAAUGUGUAGCUAUUCAAUGCGAUUUGUGCUUGGUCUCUCCAGCAUCAAGCAGGCCGUAGAAACAGGCACAAAUCUUAGUGCUGCCGGGGUUGUUUUUCCCAUGAAUCCUUCUGUGAAUGGUUUUCAGCUUGACCCAACUCCAAUGAAAAUUCCUGGCAUAAUAAUCCCAUUUGUGAAUGAUUCCAAGAUAUUAUUAGAAUACUACAAUUCUUCAAUGGAAAAAGACAGUACUUCAGAAAAAAUUGUUAAACUCGGGGCUGUUGCUAGCAUUAAUGGUGGACUUACGGCGACCUAUAAAAAUGUUGCACCAAAUGUUAUGUAUUACUCAGCCAGAGGACCAGAUCCUGAGGACAGUUUUCCUCAUGAAGCUGACAUUUUGAAACCCAAUCUGGUAGCUCCAGGAAGUUUUAUAUGGGCUGCUUGGAGUUCUGUUGCCACUGAUUCAGAUGAAUUUCUAGGUGAGAAUUUUGCAAUGUUGUCUGGCACAAGCAUGGCUGCACCUCAUGUUGCUGGUCUUGCUGCACUAGUCAAGCAAAAGUUUCCCAAUUUCAGUCCUGCAGCCAUUGGAUCCACACUUUCCACCACAGCAUCUCUGUCAGACAACAGCGGGAAGCCAAUAAUGGCUCAGCGGUCAUAUCCCUCCCCAGACCUAAACCAAUCGCCAGCAACUCCAUUUGACAUGGGAAGCGGUUUUGUGAAUGCUACUGCAACAUUAAACCCGGGAUUGCUUUUCGAUUCAAGUUAUGAUGAUUACAUGUCUUUUCUAUGCGGUAUCAAUGGUACAGCUUCUGUAGUACUCGACUACACUGGUCAGAAUUGUUUGAUUUAUAACUCUACUGGCUAUGGCUCUGAUCUAAACUUGCCUUCAAUCACAAUAGCAAGGUUGAACCAAUCUAGAUUAGUCCAGAGAACAGUACAAAACAUUGCUGGAAAUGAAACUUACAAUGUUGGUUGGAGUUCUCCAUAUGGUGUUUCUGUUAAAGUAUAUCCAACUCGCUUCUCUCUAGCCAAUGGAGAGAGACAAAUCUUAUCUGUGAUUUUCAAUGCAACCAGCAACAGCUCUAUUGCAAGCUUUGGAAGGAUUGGAUUGUUUGGUAAUCAAGGUCAUGUAGUCAACAUUCCUGUGUCUGUCAUUGUUAAAAUCUCAUUGUGAGAUAAUUAGAAUGGUAAGUGCAAAUUAGCAACAUGAGGUGCAGCCAUGCUUGUGCCAGAUAAUUAGCAUUAAGGUGUAUUUAACAAAGUGAUAUAACUACAAAUUUUGUUAAAUACACCUUAAUGCUACACAACCGGCAAGGGUGGAAAAGCUUGUAUGUGUAUCGAAUGAGACACUUUUUUUUCUAAAUUUGCACGGAGCACUCAAAUUCUCAGAAAUCACCUUUAUUGUAUUUAGCAGUCAACCAUACUAUCUAAAGGUAGUGGUAGAAAUGCAUAUCAAUCUUUACCAUAUAUAAUAAUAAGAGUAUUUAUUUGG